CCUCAACCCUCUCUCACUCGCCACCAUCUUCACCACCUAGCUUUCUCCAUCUCUGUCUUUCACCCUAGCUAUAGCUGCACAAAGCUUCAUCCUCGUCGCAUCCAAUUCAUCUGAUCGAUCUUUGCCUUGGAUAUUAAUCCUAGCUAGCAGAGCUACCUAGCUAGAUUGUUUGGGUUUUACCUUAGCUUCUUCCACAGCCUGCCAAUCGAUCUGUCCAUUCAUGGCGGCGGCCAUAGAUUAAUUGCCGUGCUCUCCUUUUCCUUCAUUUGAGCACCCAAUCCCGUUCUUCCCAUUCAUUCAUCAACCCCGUUCCCGUUCCCGUUCUCCCAGUCUCACCUGCAACCUCCCUCGCUCCUCUCAGCUUGCAAGCUCCCUGCUGCAUGUGCUAGCUUCUGAGCAGGAUCAAGGGGAAGAGGAAGAAGAAGCUAGUAACCAACAAUCAGCCAAGAACUCCUGUAGUCAGCAGAUAAUGAGUUAGGGAUCAGAAAGGCAGAUCGGAGAGAGGGAGAGAGAGAAGCCUAGAGACAAAAAGUUUUGCCCUGUCUACUAGCUACUAUAGCUGCUCCCUCGCUAGCCAGAUCUCUGGAUUUCUACAAGGUUUCAUCACAUCUCCGUGAUACCAAACCGCCGAGAAGGUUUAAUUUUACAUUGAUUGUCAACCCAACAACAUGAGUAGCAGUAUGCAGCCGCAGGUUCCUCCAGGUUUUCGGUUCCACCCGACCGACGAGGAACUGGUGGAUUACUACCUCCGGAAGAAGGUGGCCUCAAGAAGGAUUGACCUAAACGUCAUAAAAGAUGUUGAUCUCUACAAGAUAGAGCCAUGGGAUCUCCAAGAGAAAUGUAGGAUAGGGCCUGAGGAGGAGCAGAGCGAUUGGUACUUCUUCAGCCACAAGGACAAGAAAUAUCCGACAGGGACUCGGACGAACCGCGCAACCGCAGCUGGGUUCUGGAAGGCGACCGGGAGGGACAAGCCUAUCUAUGCCAAGCACUGCUUGGUUGGCAUGAGGAAGACCCUCGUGUAUUACAAGGGCAGAGCUCCCAAUGGCCAGAAAUCCGAUUGGAUCAUGCAUGAGUACCGCCUUGAGACCAAUGAGAAUGGCCCUCCGCAGGAAGAAGGAUGGGUAGUGUGCAGGGUGUUCAAGAAGAGAUUACCAACAACAAGAAGAGAUCUAGACCAUGAUGCACCGUGCUGGUACGUCGACGAUGAUGGGCCCUUCAUGCAUGAUCUUAACUCUCCGAUGAGAGGAAUGCCCCCUCACCACAGCAUGGCACUGCAAGAACAACACCUCCACAUGCUAAACAAUACCUACAAGCGAGAAUUCAAGCUACAGUACCAAAUGCCAAACCAUCAUCAUGUUCUCAACACCAUUCCUCAUGAGCUAGAGAUCCCUUCCAGCUUCCAUUCUCUUUUGGCAUCACCAAAUGAUCACCAAAUCAAUGUGCACCAUGCACACCACCACCAUGUUCAACUUAUUGACCAUUCCGUGGACGACCAAGCAGCAACUGACUGGAGAGUACUGGACAAAUUUGUUGCAUCCCAGCUUAGUAACGAUGCAGCCAAGGGUGUAGCCUAUACGGAUGAAGGAGACAUUCUUCGGCUCAAUGAGAAGGUGCAAGAGGUGACUACUGAUUACGCUUCGACAUCAACAUCGAGCAGUCAAGUUGAUCCGUGGAAGUGAUGAUCAGAGCCAUUAAUAUAUAGCAUCUCAUCUAUAUAUAAUUAUUAUCUUAAGGAGCUACAAUAAUGAUGAUGAUCUUAUCAAUUGUUGGACAUAUGAGUAAUUUGAGUUACAUAAUACCAUGUAAAUAAGACUAUUACACUGUGUGUAGUGUUGUGCUGCUUACGUGCUUCAGGGGCAUUGUACUAAGUAUACUUGAUCAGAUCACCGUGUUGCUAUAUAUAAGAAAUAAUAUCAUGGAAGACAUACAAGCUUCAU